CGAGUCAGAAGAUACGAUCCAUGUGUCAUAUAAUUUGGAAGCAGUGGUGGAGAUAGCGCAGCCUUUAGCAUCAAAGGAUCUUACCAAGAAAUUGCUAAAGACCGUGAGGAAAGCUGCGGCUAAGAAACACAUAAAGCGUGGUGUCAAAGAAGUCGUGAAGGUGGCUGGUGACGUAUCACCAAUAGACGUAAUUACACAUCUCCCUGUAUUAUGCGAGGAAGCGGGCGUGCCUUACGUUUAUGUACCGUCAAAGACAGAUUUGGGGCUUACAGCAUCGACUAAACGGCCUACGAGUGUAGUGAUGAUUAUUCCCGGUGGGAAGAAAAAUGAUGAGGCCGCGUUUUUGGAAUACAAGAAGUAUUAUGAUGCAUGUUAUGCAGAAGCGAAGAAGCUGGGCGAGGAUUUAAUGACAUAA